CCGCAAAGUAGAAAAGGACAUGUACGAGCAAGCCAGUAGUAGGGAGGAGUACUUUCACCUCCUGGCUGAAAAGAUCUACAAGAUCCAGAAGGAGUUGGAGGAGAAGCGGCAGAAGCGGAUGCAGGAGACAGGAGGUACCAACGCUGCUGGAGGAGGUGGUUUAAUUGGUGCUCCUUUAGUAUCGUUUCAGUUUGCGGUAACACCGUGUGAUAACUUGUUGCUCAGUAGAUAUUUAAUUCUGAUAAAGAACUUGUCCUGCGUAUUAUCAGCUUUCGCUAAGUAGUGUUUAGUUCUGAUAAGAACAGUCCUGC